AUGGCUGCAAUGGUUUCAACGCACGAUACUUCAAAUAUAACUAAUGAAAAUCCAGUUAAUCUGUGGAUUCGUUUAAAAUAUGAAGAACGUCUCGACAAAACAAUGAAAUACUAUACAUCAAAGAUGGUAAUUGUUCAAAUAAUAACUGCCUGUGGUUUCUCAAUCUCGGAGCUUUAUUGUGGUAUAAGUUAUUCAAAUCAAUGUCCAGCCGAACCUGCGAUUAAUAUAUUUCUUGUUGUUCAUGGCGCUACAAAAUUUGCAUGGAUCUUCUUGACGAUUCUUGCAAUUGUUGACGCUAGAUUAAUUCAUAAAAAGAUGAAUAGAAAAAGUCUAGCACGUCGACUUAUGCUUAUAAAUGUCGCAUUUCAGUCUCUUUUUGCCGCAUGGUUUUCUUCAUGGUUUAUUGCCGGAAAUAUUUGGGUGUUUCGUAAAAGGAGUCAGUAUCAAUCUACAGAUCCAACAAAUACAAGUACGUAUUGUUAUGAAGAAUUGUAUGAUGCAGCAUCUUUGCUGAUUAUUAUAACAUAUGUUGGCUUUGGAAUCACUCUCAUUGCAACAGUUUUUCGUCGGUUUAUUAGUAAGAAACUUAAAUAUAUAAUUAAUAAUAAAUUUAAGCGUCAAAUAAAGAAUUAA